AUGUCACUUCCGAAAACCCUACAGCAGACUUUUAGCCCCGAAGAGAUCCAAUUCAUAGUGGAAAAUGAACCGAUUCGGAUUUUCCCACGUAUAACGGUAAGAUCGACAGUGCGACAGCGCCGCCAGCGAAGUUCACAGCAACAAAUGCGUUGGAGAUUAGUUACUGCCGAAGAGACGCCGUUGAACAAUAUGGUUGCUACGCAAACGACAGAAGUGGCACUUUGGUUGGCACUGCUUUUGAAACAACAAGGUAAAUGUUCAAUAGUUCCACCAGUUUGGUUAACGCUGAAACAGUUGCAAAUGUAUAUUGAUUACGAGUUAAAGAACCCGGGCAGGUUUAGUGAUUUGCCUAUGAGUUGGCUUGUGGUGGCACAAUUGCUGUUUAAUAGAGCAGCUGACGAUUUGCAAGACCCGGUACAUUUGCUAAGAGGCAAGAUUCAAGAUUUGCGAGAAAUACGACAAGGUAAAAUUUUCCAAGGUUUAAAGCAGCUUAAUGAGUCUCAUUUGCAAUUAGACAAUCUGAGUAUUCUGGAAAUCAACGAGUUGCGGCCAUUUGUCCUAGGGGUUAUGAAUAAAUUGAAAGAUUUGCAUGCGAGUGUGGCGGAUGAAGAAGAGGGAGCAUGA